AUGUUCCAGCUUCCUCUUUAUUUGUUGCCUGCUGCGAUCAUCGGCUCAAUUGUCUACCUCAUACUGAACACAAAGGCACGCAAUGGGCUCCUCUCCAAGCUAGGCGCACAAGCGCGAACACCUUCUACAGUCUUCACUCCACCUCGAGAACUGUCGCUAGAGAAGCAAGGACUCCCUCCAAACCGAACAACAUUGGACACGUCAAGUCCAGCGUAUGGAGAUGCCUUUCCCCCAAGCCGGAGGCACAUUUUCGCAAAGCUCGCUGCCGAUGCUCUAAAGGGACCUGGAAGAUCGGCCAAAGAGCUUGCUGAGCAGCCUAUCGACUACAGCCGCCUCACUCCUGAUAAAUCGACGCCAACGAGGGAUGAGUUUCUCCAUCACUUCACUGCCACAGGCUUCACAGUGGGUGAUGUCCAGAGACUUGGCGACUUUCCGGAUUAUGCUACCUUGAGCGGAGUUCCCCUUCCAGAGCCUUUCGAGGAAUUCAGGAUCGACACAGCGUUGCCUCGACCGUAUCGACCAUUUCGAUGGGCAUAUCACCAGACCAUAGCGCUCACAAAGAUGGAGUCCGACUGGUGGCUCGAACUUGAUAGAGACUACAGGGAGACGAUACGCCUUCGAGAAGAGCUCUUCGAGAAGCAUGGCCCAGCCGUCAUUCAGACUCUUCCAGGAUCCGAGAUGGCAGCAAAGGAGCUCAUGGAAAUGUGCCUGCAGUUCCUCUGCGCCCGAUACCCUCAUUACUUCUCCUUAGACGCUGCGAACCUGGUCCUCCGAAAUCGUGUUCUCGACACACAGACCGAUCUCCAGUCCACACCACCAAUGCAGGUGCUACUCCACAACAUCCCAGAAGACUUCGCGAUCAUGAUCCGAGAUCCAGAAACCGGCAUCUACUCCUUCCGUGGCGGGAUCAUUAUGUCUUCAUUGGGGUGGACUCUCGGAAGCAAAAUCGGCCUCAAAUUGCAUGAGAUCCAUGCGCCGAUUCCAGAUUACAAGGAGAAGAUGCAGUUCUCCAUGGAUCGAUACUUCUCCAAGAAGCCCACAGAAAAGCCCAUUCAGCGAGGAUCCUGGGGUUUAGAGAUUGAUAAGCCUUUAUUCAUGCCGCCUGGAGACCCUCGUGAAUUGCAUCGCGAGAGCCAGAAUCCUGAACAUGGAAUCGAUCGCAUCCAUCUCCGAGUGGACUGGCAGACUCUCAGAAGACUGCCGCUAUCUGGUGCUGUCGUAUUCAACUUCAAAGCACUAUUCACACCUGUGACUGAGUUUAGAGAUGAACCGUAUGUUCCAAGUUUGGUGUUGAAGGUGUUGAGGGAGGGGAAGAAGAAUCUCAUGGAGUACAAGGGCACAUGGCAUACAGAGCAUGUUGUGAUCCCGUAUCUUGAGAUGUGUGAGCGUGAGCAAAGAGAGAAGGGAUUGAUUGAGGAUAAUUGGCAGCCUAGGACGCUGGACGAAGCUCCCUUCUAUCCUGGUUGGGAAGCGAAGUGGCAUAGACAGCAAGGAUUUUGA